CCGGAACGCUUGGACUGGAGUCCUUUUCAACGAAUAAUUCUUUUCUAUUUCAUUUGAAAUAUUUGCUUCCAAUACGCCAUAAAAAAAAAAGCUCCUGUAAAGAACCAUCCUGGCGAUCAUUGUACAAGAACUUUUGGAGGAUCUUAAUGACCUUUUGCUUUUAUCGUUACUUUACUCUGUUUUUACUUUUGAAAUUGUUUGUAUUCAAUUACUGAGUACUUUGCAAUAAUUGAAAUUUGGCUUGUUGAGUCUCUCUUACGUUUGGUAGACCUUUUCCUUCUUCUCGCAUUCUACUUUUCCUCUUUCUUCUUGAACGAAGUUAAUUGAUCUAUUUUGUGAAUUUCAUCUGUGCGGAAAAUACAAUAAAAAUGAGCUCGAAUCCUGUAGAACAAAAGCGAGAACAAGCGCAAAUGGACUCAAUAACGAAACCUUCCAAUCCAGAGACUACGAUGUCUCGUUCAGAAAAACUUACAUAUGUACUCAUUCACAAUCCUCUAAUUCCUAUUGGGUGCGUCAUGACUGUAGGAUCGUUCCUGAUUUCAGGGUAUCACUUGAGAAGAGGCAACGAACUCAAGGCAAAUCGAUUUAUGAAGUACCGUGUUUUAUCUCAAGGAUUUACUCUUGCAGCUGUUGCGUUUGGAGUUUUGUUUAUGAAUCCUAAACCCAAACCUGCUCCUCCUAAACCAUAUUAAAAUUUCUCAUCCCAAGUCUUUUCUAUUCGCUUGAGCUUCUUUAUUUCCUUAUUCUAUUGGAACAUGGAUUUUCAGAGAAAAUGAUUUUUAUGUGUUUCUUUUCAAUUCGAUAUUCUUUCUCGAGGAUUGGAGAAUCAAAGAUUCCCUUCUCAAUUUAUGAUACACUGAAGAGUUUAGAUCAUAAAAACGAUUUUACUCAAAAAAUACAAUAAAUGAGCAAAUCGAGCUCAAUUCUUCAAGACCCUUUGAGCAUUAUUUCUAAUGCAACUUUGACGCAUGGAAAUGUUCAUCAAUGAAUUACUUCAAAGCAGAAAGUAAAUCAUUAAAGGUUCAGAGAAAGCUUUUCAUUUAAGUACGUGCUACUUCCUUUCAGUGAAUCUUUUUUUGUACAUCUCUUGUUUCCUUGCUGUCUUUUGGACCCUUAAAAAUUAACUACAUCGAUUCAUUGUUGCUCUAAUUCUUGUUACUAAUAUUCAUUGAAACGAUUUCAAAAGAAUAAGUAAAAGAGAGCAUUUCGGUCAUGAAGAAUGUUCAUAGUAAGCAAUAGCUGUUGAAGAUCCCUUCGAGCGAAAUCCCAAGCAAGUUAUUCAAUUACUGGUAUGAAUAUAAAUUAACCUAUAAUGAAUCUGAUUAUUCUUGCUAAUUGUUUAAUAAAAGCGACUUCUUUGAAUAUUAUCAUCUUAACGUUCCAAAUACGAUACCUCAAGUAACUUGAAAAGUGACCAUGGAAAGCCUGUUUUUUGGUUUCCACUCUUCGUAGCCGUAUUUAAUCUAAAAACGAAGAAAGAAAAUCAGAAAUUUCCUUUUCUAUUUAUUAUAGGCUGAU